GACGAGUACGAGUGGGAACCUGGCGUGUUUGAUUGAGAACUUGCCCAGCUGUUCAUUUCGGAUACAGAAGAUGAGGACUUUGAUGGAUUUGUGGAUGAGGAUUGAUCAAACAAUAACGAGGCAUGACAGCACUGGCAGGAGGUUUAACGAGGAUGAUGAGACCCGGUCCGCACCAGAAUUACGCACGGGGAGGCUACUCUCUGGAGGUGUCCACUCCUCUAGGCCAGGGUCGCGUCAACCAGCUCGGUGGUGUGUUCAUAAACGGCCGGCCUCUGCCCAACCACAUCCGCCACAAGAUCGUGGAGAUGGCCCACCACGGGGUCCGGCCCUGCGUCAUCUCCCGCCAGCUGAGGGUCUCUCACGGCUGCGUGUCCAAGAUCUUGUGCCGCUACCAGGAGACUGGAUCCAUUCGGCCCGGAGCCAUCGGAGGGAGCAAGCCGAAGCAAAGUGCUUCUCCAGAAUUGGACAAGAAGAUUGAAGAGUACAAGAGGGAAAACCCGGGAAUGUUCAGCUGGGAAAUCAGAGACAAGUUAUUGAAAGAUGGCAUCUGUGACAGAAACAGCGUUCCUUCAGUGAGCGCCAUCAGUCGCGUCAUGAGGUCCAAAUUCGGCGGUGUGGGUGACGAUGAGGAGGAUGGUGACGAGGUGGUGAAGAGGGAGAUGGAGGACAACGAGCCGAGGACGAAACACAGCAUCGAUGGCAUCCUGGGUGAUAGAUCCAGUCACUCGGACGAGGGCUCCGACGUAGACUCCGAGCCAGGCCUGCCCCUCAAGAGGAAGCAGCGGCGCAGUCGGACCACCUUCACGGCGGAGCAGCUGGAGGAGCUGGAGCGGGCCUUCGAGCGCACGCACUAUCCCGACAUCUACACACGCGAGGAACUAGCUCAGAGGGCAAAACUCACAGAGGCUCGCGUUCAGGUGUGGUUCAGCAACAGACGAGCCCGGUGGAGGAAGCAAGCGGGAGCCAAUCAGCUGAUGGCGUUCAACCACCUCAUCCCAGGCGGUUUCCCUCCGUCGGCCAUGUCGGGCCUGCAGCCCUAUCAGCUACCCGAGAGUCCUUACCCCGCAACUUCCAUAGCUCAAGCCACUGAGCAGCCCAGCACGGUCCAUCGACCGCAGCCUCUGCCGCCCACCUCUGUGCACCAGAGCGGGCUCAGCUCGUCGUCCAGCGCUCAGGACGGCGGUUCGGGGUACUGCCUGUCCUCCGGACGUCACGGCUUCUCAGGAUACUCUGACAGCUUCGUGUCCCCGACCGGACACGCCAACACCGUCAACCCCGCCGCCAUCGGCAACAGCCUUUCCCCUCAGGUGAUGGGCCUUUUGAAUCCAGGCGGAGUGCCUCAUCAGCCCCAGAGUGACUUUGCUCUCUCCCCUCUGACCGGAGGCUUGGAGCCUAACGCCGGCAUGGCCGCCAGCUGUCACGGCUCCCAGCGACUGGAGGCCUUACCGGGUCUGACCGGCAUGCCCACCCUGCCGAGCACUCAGUCUUACUGCCCGCCUUCCUACACCUCGCCAGCCUACGCCGUCGACCACCAUCCAUCGUACCAAUAUGGACAAUACAGUCAGAGCAAGGUGCCUUUUAUUAUUUAAAGUCGCCUUCUCCUCGAUGUGGACCCCGUCCCCCAGACCCACCACCCCCCCACCGCCUGUCUGACAUUCAUUGACCCCAACCCCCAACCACUGCUUUUGCCAACCACCCCAAGCCUGACCAGAGGACUGCGACAGAGAGAAAGAGAUGGCGAGUAGUGGUGGUGGUUUCAUCACUGUGAUGGCGGGCUGGACGGGAAUAAUUAGGACCAAAGGUGCAACCUCUCCAGUUACCUUGCGCGUCUUGUCAUGAUCCGAGGAACGAGCCCGCUUGUUCAUGCUUGAAGAGGAUAAGGAAAACAUGACUGGGAAGAAAGGGCGGGGGUGAAUUCUUAAUACAUUCAAGAUUCUGUACUUGAUUUUUGCAACAUGAGGCUGACUAGAGCCCCAUUUCCACCAAGCAGUCCAUCGUCAAAUUUGUAAGGGGUACCAAAAUAACACUUAAGGCACCAAAGGGUGGGGCCGGACACGUUGAUUGGUCAAGAGAAUCACUUGAGAAUGGAAUUAUUAUUAUUAUUAUUUUUUUUGGUAACCAUCCAGUCUAGACACCUUUUUAAACCGAACUUCUUGUUCUCUGGGACCAAGUUAACCGAGGAGGAAUGGAUUUUUUUUUUCCUCGUCAAAAAAGGCCAGAUGUUCUUCUGAAGGCUGACAACAAUGGAAAAGACAUAAAUCUACCGUGAUGUGGUGUCUCGUUGAAGAGGAUUUAAAUACGACCGUGCGGGUCGUGUGUAAAACGAGACAAGUAGACCACUGCAACCCAAAGAAAGUGCAAUACCUUCAUACCUCAUAAACGGGCGCCGUAGACCACAUGUACAUGAUUCUGUCCUCCAUGAAAUUCUCUUUUUCUUUUUUUUUUCUUACCAUCAUUCAUUUUGGGUUGUGUGCAUGACCAAUCAGGGGAGCUUGUUAAGAUUGACAAAAAAGAGUCACUAAGCCAAAAAUGGAAGAAGAAAAAAAAUCUCUACAGGUGAACACAUUUAACAGUUCUUUUCUUUUGCAUGUGUUGAAUUGGUUUCCAUCAGGAUUUUUGUUCCGUCGCUUAUUUAUUUAGUGUCACGCAAGUGCUCUGUCUUCUGUAAUUACAUUAUCGCAAGUGCUUAAGUACGUCUUAAAACAAUGUUCAUUACUCAUGUUUCUUUUUGUUGCCCAAAUGAUUUUGUAUCAUUUUUGUUUGACUUAAAAAUUAUUUUGUUUGAAGACUUUUUGUGUACAAUACAGCACUAUUGACUAUUUAUAAUAAACAAUGUCAAACAAGUUGUGACCUAAUCUGUAGCAUUUUUAUGUAUAUUGGUUCGUGUAUUAUAUCGCUGUUCAUUGUUUGUGCCUGCACUAGAUCACAUUUUUCUAAAGCAACUGUUUAUAAUGUUUUUUAUUAUUUUAUUUUUUUAUAGUAAACUGUGGUGCCUUGACAUUUGAGUGAUCUGACUUAAGAGCUUUUGAGAUUUUUUGCUUUGACUUGGGAGUGCAAACUUAAGAUAGUCUGUGCGCUGUAUGGUGGCAGUGUCCUCAAGUCAACCCACUUCACAAUAAGCAGCAGUUUAGCAGAUAUUGAAGAAUUCUUCCCCCCCCAAACAGGCUUCAAGCUGUUUAUUGCCACUCCUAGUUGAGGUUCACUGUCACACCAAACAUCAAACUGAGAGAAUUAUAAGUUGUGUAUUUAAAACAACUUUGCCUUAGGAAUGCCACUGCUAGCUUAAUGCUAACACAUAAUGGAAAAUGCCAUAGACGAGCUUGAUAGUCAUGGUGUUAUAUAACCCUUCAAGCUAUUUGAACACAAAGAGUGGAGCAACACCUUCAAAUAGAUAAUAUAACAAUACUCACAGGCAUAUAUGUAUCCUCUGUGAAGAAUGACCAAUAUUAUUGCAUCUUACUGAAUCUCUGAGAGUAGUGGUGAUUCGUCUUCAUUUGUGUAUGUACGAUUAUAUUAAACUGCCCCAGAAAGAGCAGCCCAAUGAAUUGAAUUGAGGCAUUAAAUCACGAUGCAUAAACA